AUGUCUACUGAACCUCACCUUGCUGCUGACUUUCGAUCGACAAGUCCGUCUUCAUUUCAAGCAUUGAGUACGUUAUGCGGUUUAAUUAAAACUACGAUUACUGACAACUUAUCUCAAUUCUAUUCGAAUCACUAUGUCAGUGUAUAUGUCACACCUUCAGCAUUAUUUCAAUUACAAACUCAAUCAUUGAUUGAGAAGUUUAUGGGAUCAACAACAAGAAGCUUUUUAUUGUCUCUCUCAAUGAUUCGAGGCAGCAUUCACGGCGAUGCCUUGUCAUCUGGUUUACAGACAAAUUACAGACAAGUUGUACAAAAUAAUAACGUGUUUUCAAUAGCGCAAAAUUACGGUAAUUGUAGCUGUGCUUCUUCAGCAACAUGUAUUCUUCAAUCUGCUAUUUACGAUUAUUCCAGCACGGUAACGUUAUUUAAUAUACCAGGUUUCUAUACAGGCUGUUAUGUGAUUGAAUCAUUACUUCAAUCUGAUCUUCGAUGUUUUUAUAACCAAACUUGUAUAAAUCAAUUACAAACUUAUUUGUCUUCAUCUCCGCCAAUGAAUGUAAAAGCUCUUGAUUCAUCAUUACCAAGUGUGUAUUUCGAAAACUCACCUAUCAGCGAAUGUCUUGCGAGUCUAAUGGUCGAGCAGUGGAAUAUAACACUAAGUUACGACAUGUAUUAUAGUCAAUGUCAGCCAAUGGAAUGCACCUAUACUGUUGAGACAAGAAAUGAUGCAACACAUAUUGCUGCCAUGUUGAUUGGUGUAAUUGGUGGUUCGAUAGCGAUUUUGAAUAUUAUUGCACGACUCUUGGUCAAAGUCAUUCAAUAUUGUAGUCAAAAACCGAGAACACCAGUCUCUCCGGUGAUGCCUCCGAUCCACACAUAA